GCCGCCCGUCAGACGAGCCCCCGGGGCCCGCCUCCAGCCCCGAGCUGCGCCUCUUCGCGCCGGGGCCACCGCAACCGCGCCACUCUGCGGGGUUCCCCGCCGUCGACUGCGAGUUCCGCCGCCCGCACGCCUAUUCCCGGCGCCGGGCCGCCUGCCGCGGGUUCAGGGCAGACCAUGCGCCCGACCAGCUCGCCGCCCGCCCGCUGGCUCUGCGUGCUGGCCAGCGCCCUCGCCUGCACCCUCGGCCCCGCGGGUGGCCAGGCAACCAGCCUGCAGUGGGAGGAGGAAUGUUACCAUCUGCGGAUGAUCGAGGUGCAACGCAAGAAAUGCCUAGAGGAAGCCCGGCUGGAGAAUGACACAGCAGGCUGCAGCAAGAUGUGGGACAACCUCACCUGCUGGCCAGCCACCCCUCCGGGCCAGGUGGUCGUCUUGGCCUGUCCCCUCAUCUUUAACCUCCUUUCCUCAACUCAAGGCCUCAACGUGAGCCGUGGCUGCACCACCGAGGGCUGGACACACCUGGAGCCCGGCCCCUACCCUGUUGCCUGUGGCUGGGAUGACAAGGCAUCAGAUUUGGACCAGCAGCAGCGGUCAAUGUUCUACAGCUCCGUGAAGACCGGCUACACCAUUGGCUACAGCCUGUCCCUUGCUGCCCUUCUCAUUGCCACAGCCAUCUUGAGCCUGUUCAGGAAGCUCCACUGCACACGGAACUACAUCCACGUGCACCUCUUCAUAUCCUUCAUCCUGAGGGCUGCCUCUGUCUUCAUCAAAGACCUGACCCUCUUCGACAGCGAGGAGCUGGACCAUUGCACCAAGGGCUCGGUGAGCUGUAAGACAGCCAUGGUCUUAUUCCAAUACUGUGUCAUGGCCAACUUCUUCUGGCUGCUGGUGGAGGGCCUCUACCUGCACACCCUGCUUGCCGUCUCCUUCUUCUCUGAGCGGAAGUACUUCUGGGGGUACAUACUCAUCGGCUGGGGGGUGCCCAGCACAUUCACCAUUGUGUGGACCAUCAUCACAAUCCAUUUUGAAGAUUUUGGAUGCUGGGACACCAUCAACUCCUCAUUCUGGUGGAUCAUAAAGGCCCCCAUCCUCACCUCCAUCUUGGUGAACUUUAUCCUAUUUAUUCUCAUCAUCCGAAUUCUGGUACAGAAACUUCGGUCCCCAGACGUUGGGAAGAGUGACAGCAGCCCAUACUCGAGGCUGGCCAAGUCCACCCUUCUGCUGAUCCCCCUGUUUGGAGUGCACUACUUCGUGUUUGCCUUCUUUCCCCACAACUUUAAAGCUGAAGUGAAAAUGGUCUUUGAGCUCGUCGUGGGGUCUUUCCAGGGUUUUGUGGUGGCCAUCCUCUACUGCUUCCUCAAUGGUGAGGUGCAGGCGGAGCUGCGGCGGAAGUGGCGGCGCUGGCACCUGAAAGGCAUCUUGGGCUCGAGCCUCAAAUACCAGCAUCCCUCAGGAGGCAGCAACGGCGCCACGUGCAGCACGCAGGUGUCCAUGCUGACCCGCGUCAGUCCCGGCGCGCGCCGUUCCUCCAGCUUCCAGGCCGAAGUUUCCCUGGUCUGACCGCCAGGCGCCCGGGGGCGCAGGGCGGGCCCCUCCCGCCCGCACCACCCACCCCGGGGUGGCACUGGGGACAGAGGCCUGCCCGGGCGAGGCCAGCCCCAGCCCCGGGCUCGGAGGCUGUCCCGCCCCCCAGGCCAUUGUCCAGACGCCCCUAGAGAACUCUGCCCUGGCGUUUUCCCGGAGGAGGGGAGGGCGCAAGGAUGCGGGAGCAGUCUAACCUCUCUGCAGGCUGGCGCGCUGGAUGCUCCCUCCCGGGAAGAUGUUGGGGUGGAGCUCAGUAGUCAGACUCCUCCCCGCUAAGGCCCCCUCCGCCAAUCAGGGGCAAGGAAUCCAUACACGCUCACCUGACUCUGCGCCCCGCCCGCCCGCCCGCUCUCAGUAGCCAGCCCAGGAAGGCCACCGCGGGUCCUCUGCGCCGUGUAGGUGGGAACGUGGAGAGCGCCGAGGACAGAGAUCUUGCUCCUAAAGGUCACACGCCGCCGCCGCCGCCGCCUCGGCAGGGCCUGAAGUCCCGUGGUCGCUGUCAAGUUCCUUUGGGUGAAACAUUGACGCUCAGGCAUCUCUUCUGGGAUGCCAUCCCCUCCCCCAUCGUCGUGCUCCAAGACGCCCAGCUCCUCCCGGUGGAGGAGUUCCUCUGCCUCAGGCAGGUGCGCUUCUGAUAGAGUUUAGUUUGGGGUGCACAGGUGUCUCCAUAGUCUCCGCAGAAGUGGAGUGGUCCCGGGUCGGCUGGAAGAGUUGAGACUGCCUUACGGGCUGUGGGAGUUUCCCACAUGUGCCAACUAUUCAAACCAGGCUCAGAGACGUGCACUGAUGAACCUCUUCAUCUUCGCAUCGUCAGUAAGGUGUGAACAACGGACCCCAUUUCACAGAUCGGGAAACAGUCUCCCAGCGCCGGACCUCGCCUGUCACAAAGCUAGGGUUUGAUCUCAGAUCUGACCGACAGGGAAAGUGAAAUUAACUGCUGCAUUUUAUAUAUUGUAACAAGCUGAAUCCUCUUGGUUAUUUGUAUCACCGCUAAUAUUGUUACCACCCAGCCUGGAGUGUGGCUGAGGGGUCCUCUGGCUCUGAUAUCAUCCAAACCAAAGCCUGUGGGCCGUAGCAUCCUGGGUCUACCCCACACCUUGUAGCCCCAUGGCUUCCUGCCCACGCCCCAGCCAGAAGACCCCCUCAGCUCUGCAAACAGGUUUGGACAACAAUAAAUGGUGGGUUGAAUUGG